CGGGCCGGGCCGGGAGCGAGGCACCGGCCUGCUCUCAGCCGCGCCCGGUCCCAGCGGACUCAGCCCCGGCGUCCCGCCGCUCCCCCUUCCCUCCGCAGGGACUUCAUCGAGCAGCACUACGUGGCCCUGAAGAAGGCAAACCCCGACUUCCCCAUCCUGAUCCGCGAGUGCUCCGGCGUCCAGCCCAAGCUCUGGGCGCGGUACGAGUUUGGCAAGGAGAAAAGCGUGCCGCUGAACAACCUUACCGUGGACGAGGUGGCCAAGGCCUUGGAGAACAUUGUGAAAACCAAGGUGUGAAGACAGACAGCAAAUACGCAUGUGCUGAAUACUUGACUGAUGAUCUUUAAUGUGAAAUGUGUAUCAAUCACAUAAAUGCAACGUGCUUACCCUGA